AUGACAGGUGUCCUCCAAUGCCUACCAACGCAGGCCUGCCAGAAUGCGACGCAACAGGGACAUCGAUCAGGGACAUCGGUCGCCAUCAAGGCUAUCAAGACAUUCGGGAGUCGGAAACAGUGGGGCGCAGCGCUGUACCUCUUCGACGAGGCGUCUCGGGCGCGCGAGAAGAUCAACGGUGCGCUUUACACCGUGACGAUCGGUGCAUGUGGAAAAGGCGGGCAAUGGCAUCAUGCACUGUCGCUGCUCGGCGGCAUGGCGGGAGCGAUGUUGGAGCGAAAUGUGAUCUGCUACAGCGUCGGGAUCAACGCAUGCCGGACAGGCGAGCAGUGGCAGCAGGCGUUGUCGUUACUCAGCGAGAUGUGGGAUGUUGUUUUGAAUCCAGACGUCAUCAUCUACAACUCUUGCAUCAGCGCGUGCGAGAAGUGCGGCAUGUGGGAGCAGGCGCUGGCGCUACUCAGCGACAUGCGCGAGGCAAAGUUGGAUCCAGACUCAGCUACAACGCUGGGAUCAGCGCGUGCGAGAAAGGCGGGCAGUGGCAGCGUGCACUUUUGUUGCUCAGCGAGAUGCCCGAGGCAGCGCUGA